CCAAUCCUAAAACUUUCCUACAAACCAAAGGCCCCUCUACAAUCCAUUUCGCCGGAAUUGUCUCCGGUGGCCGCAAAAUGUCACUUUUAUCCAACUUCUCCACCGCCAUCUCCUGCCGGAAACUUCCCGUCUUUGACCCAGUUAACCGGUCAACCCACAGACAGUUUCGUGUCUCAUGUUCUAAUGUCCAUCUAUCCGACAAGUGUAAGAGAGAGUACACAAGUGUAUUGAUAGUGCCAACAGGAGUUGGAGCUUCAAUAGGUGGUUAUGCUGGUGAUGCUUUACCUGUUGCUCGAACACUCGCUUCGGUUGUCGAUUGCCUUAUUUCUCAUCCCAACGUUCUUAAUGCAGCAAUGCUUUAUUGGCCAAUGCCGAAUGUAUUGUAUGUAGAAGGUUAUGCUCUUGAUAGAUUUGCCGAAGGUCUAUGGGCAUUACGGCCGGUUCACCAGAACAAGGUAGGAUUGGUUCUUGAUGCGGGAAUAGAGGAAGAGCUAAGAAUUCGCCACCUGCAAGUUGUUGAUGCUACACGGGCUUCUCUUGGUUUGCCAGUUCUUGAGUAUGUUGUCACUGACAGGCCUCUAGAGGUGGAAAAAUGGGUCGAUCCAAAGAACGGGCGAGCAACAGGGAGGAUAAAGCAUCCUGAUUCCCUAUUAAGAGCAGUACAAUCUUUGUGUGAUCGGUCUAUGGUAAACGCUGUUGCUGUCGUGGCCCGUUUUCCAGAUGACGAUAUCGAUGAUGUAGACGACUAUAGACAAGGAAAGGGAAUUGAUCUUCUGGCCGGAGUAGAAGCCAUUAUAAGCCAUCUAGUGGUGAAGAAUUUCAGGAUACCCUGCGCACAUUCUCCUGCGUUAUUACCUCCUCCGCUUACCAAAUCUUUAUGUCCAAAAUCCGCUGCUGAAGAAUUGGGAUAUACGUUCUUGCCAUGUGUUCUUGCUGGCUUAGCUAAUGCUCCACAGUAUUUGGCGUAUAAGUCUGAGUUCCAAGAAAAGGGUUGCAUAGUGGCAAAUGAUGUUGAUAGUGUCAUUCUUCCGGCAGAUGCCUGUGGAGGAGACGGUGUUCUUGCAUUUGCAAAUAAAAGAACAAAGCCACUAAUAAUUUGCGUGCAAGAGAAUGAAACCGUGCUCAAUGAUACUCCUGAUAAGCUAGGAAUUGAUGUGGUGAAGGUUUCAAACUAUUGGGAAGCUAUAGGAGUAGUUGCAGCUCAUAAGGCUGGAAUAGACCCAAAUUCGCUUAGAAGGGAUAAAAUCAAGAACAUUAGCACAGUUUCUUUGCUUCCUUCAAACAGUAGUGUAGUAUCAAGUCCCAGAACAUUUGCUUAACUUGCAUUGGCUCAAAGUACAUAUUGUUGCUACAUGAAUUUUGCUAGAUUCAUUUGUAUGUGGUUCGCCUAAAAUUGCUAGAAUUUAGAACUAUUGACACGGUCAUGUUCACACAUCUGCUUUCCUUGGCUAGUUGCAGAAAUUUUUAAAUCCCACGUAUGUGUGGAGUAAAGGCUAUUGUAGCACGUCUUCAUUUUCACCGAAGAAAGAUAUAUGUAAUGUUUGGUAUAAAUUA